GUGACACUUGGCAAAAUAAAACUAAACUACCGUGACGUUGGCAAAGUCAUCGUCGAACGCGGCGAACGAUGGAGCCAUGACACUUUAAAAAAAAACUACAACAAAGUCGGUCGGUGCUAAUUUUAUUGCCUACAUUUAUUUUUAACUUUGUUUUGAGCCUAAAAUAAUUAUGGAUAACGACAACGAAGUAACUGUUGUUAUUAGUGAACCAAACAAAGAACUCGAAACCACUCCUCCGCCUGAAACAAUGAAUUCCAAAGUUGCUGUCGUGACCGGUUCGAAUAAAGGAAUAGGUUUCGCUAUAGUUCGCGGACUAUGCAAGCGUUUUCCCGGCUUUGUCUACCUUACGUCUCGCAACGAGAAACGCGGACAGAAAGCUAUUGAAGACCUCAAGAAAGAAGGCUUGAGUCCAAAGUAUCAUCAACUAGAUAUCACUUCCACAAGCAGUAUUGAAAAAUUCCGAGAUCACAUAAUGGACAACUAUGGAGGAAUAGAUAUUUUAGUCAACAAUGCUGCGAUUGCGUUUAAAACAAACGCCAAGGAACCGGUAUCAGUGCAAGCUGAAGAAACAAUCUUUGUGAAUUAUUUCUCUGUGCUAUCUACAUGCGAGAUUUUGUUCCCUAUUAUUAGAAAUAGCGGGAGAAUCGUGAAUAUUUCUAGUUCCUGUGGACAUUUGAGUCAUAUACCUAGUGUUGCAUUGAGGAAACGUUUCACAGAUCCCAGCUUGACGAUUCCGCAGCUCAGUGAGCUAAUGAGGGAGUAUGUAGAGGCUGCUAAACAAGGAAUACAGCUGGCAGAGUGGGGGAAUUCUUCAUAUGUUGUUUCCAAAGUUGGUGUGACCGCCUUGACUAAGAUACUGCAGAAAAUGCUCAAAAGCAGAGAUAUAAAAGUGAAUGCAGUUCAUCCUGGCUAUGUGGACACAGACAUGUCAUCGCACAAAGGUCCCCUGACCAUAGACGAGGGAGCUACGGCCCCGUUGUUCUUAGCUCUGGAUGCCCCCAACUCUGUACAAGGAGAGUAUGUGUGGUACAACAAGAAGAUAGUGAGCUGGACUGGAGAAAGGGAGGAAGAGAAUUAUUUUAAAUAAAUUUAUAGAUUUUUAACUGUUGCCUGCAUCCUGCUAUCAUGUUUGGCUGGGGUCAUUAUCUAUGUAUAUCAAGUUUCGUCAAAUCAGCCCAGUGGUUCUGUGGAAAUGAGACAGACUUUCGCAUUUGUAAUAUUAGCAUCAAUUCUGUGAUAGUAAUUAUACUCAAAUUUCUUGUACUGCUAUUUUAUUUGUAUUGUGUACGAUACAUGUGGAAGUAAGGAAGUAAUGUGUCCGAUAAUUUGAAAAAGAUCAAGCUGCCUAUUAGUAAGACUGAAACAUAUUUUUUACACCAUAUUGGAAGCUAAUAUUCCCAGAUAUGUUCGUUAUUUUUCAAUUAUUCAAUUGACAUUUUUUAACCAGUUUCAGUAAAAGAUAAAUUUGGAUAAUUUUGGGUAUUGUGGAAGAUUUGUCCAAAGACGCAUUGUGUGUGAUAAUUCUGAUUGUCGUGAAAAUUAGAGUGGAUGUAAUGGAACAAAAAGACAUUAUUUUGUUAAAACCUUUUUUAAUACUAUUUAAUAUGUAAGUUAUUAAAACUUAAGUUAUACAUUUCAUAGAUCAAAAUUAACAUUAAAGCUUCAUGAGCACAAUAAAACAUUUUAUUUCAUGAUUUGUGAUAGAAAUCUAUAAAUAUUCUUUUACAUUUGUAAAUUAUAUUACCAUCAUAUGUAAUAUCUAAUAACAGUGUUACAAAACGUAAAAUAUCCACAUUUAUUAAUUGCAUUGUUAAAUUGUUCAAAGUACUUAAAAAGGUACAUCAAAUCUGACCAAUCAUAGUGAAACAUGAAUUAGCCUAACUAUUGGCUUAGAAAAUAUACACUAGUUUUUUCUUACGAGUCGGAAUACGUGUAAACAAUCUUCAUAGUACUUCUUGUUGAAAAUAAAAUAUUACUUCAAAUUUAUAAAUCUAAACUCAAUAUUUAAUAACGUACGAAAGUAAUUUCUUAAAAUACUUGCGAACCGUCUCGGCUUCGCUCGGGUAAAAACCUUCCUCAGAAAUCACACUAUCUAUUGGUGAAAAUCAUACAAACAUCCGUCCGGUAGCUUUUGAGUUUAUCGAGUUUACUCAGACAGACAGACAAACGCGACUGUUGUUUUAAUAAUAUGUAAGGAUUGCUGUAAAAUCGAUAUAAAAUGCAUGGUAAGACUGUUUACAUAAUAAGAUUUGAAAGGAACAAAUAAUAUACAUGAAAAUUGGAAAACUUUUAAAUUUUUAGUAAAAGUUAUGACUUUGUCAACAUCCAAAAUAAUGGCAUAAUAGAAAGGUGCCAAAAAUCACAGCUUAGAAUUUCUAAUACUCUUGCUUAUAACUAAUGUAUAGUAUACUGGAAGGCAGCCUUAAUUAAGGCACAUUUUACUAAAAUAUAUAAGUACUAAGCACCAAA